GACCUUUGGGUUGGGCAUUUUCCUCUUUUCUUAGUCCGACAUACAUACAUAUACGUUACGUAACAGAAGAAACACUAACAGCAACAGAAGAGAGACCCCUUGUCCAAAUCCAGCCUUUCAGAUCCCAAAUGGGUGAGACUGAGGCCAAAAGGAAACGAGGCCGUAAACCCAAAACCCCCAUUUCCGAAAACCUAGAAAUCCCAGCCACAGCCACAGCCACAGCCACCGCCAUUGUCCCCGCCACUACCACCUCUACACCCGCAUUGGACGACGUUUUCUCAGUCGGCAAUGUAGAAAUCGUUGACACGGGUGCACCGAGCGACCCUCACCGCCGCCGCCGCCCUGGCCGCCCACCCAAGAAGCUCUCCAAGAACUCCGAUAAGCCCGAGAAGCCUCCGGUCAAGGCCCCAGGCAGACGGCCCCCUCGGCAGGUUGAAAAUGGAGACUUAGCGUUAUCCACUGAACUGGUGGCUGCCCCGGGUUUGGCUGCUGAUCAUGGGAUCACCUGGGAGAGCGUAGCAAGGGUGAUGCCCGCCAUGGAUGCUGUGGUGAAGGUUUUCUGUGUCCAUACGGAGCCUAAUUUCUCGCUUCCGUGGCAGAGGAAGAGGCAGUAUAGCUCGAGCAGCAGUGGGUUUGUUAUUAGUGGAAGGAGGGUGCUUACUAAUGCGCAUUCGGUGGAGCAUUAUACUCAGGUCAAGCUCAAGAAACGUGGCUCCGAUACCAAGUAUUUGGCUACUGUUCUUGCCAUUGGCACCGAGUGUGAUAUUGCUAUGCUUACUGUUGAUGAUGAUGAGUUUUGGCAAGGAGUAUACCCUGUAGAAUUUGGGGAUUUGCCCACACUUCAAGAUGCCGUGACUGUUGUUGGUUACCCAAUUGGAGGUGACACCAUUUCUGUGACUAGUGGCGUUGUAUCUCGAAUUGAGAUUCUAUCCUAUGUUCAUGGUUCCACUGAACUUCUAGGUUUACAGAUAGAUGCUGCUAUAAACUCAGGUAAUUCAGGUGGACCUGCUUUCAAUGAUAAAGGUAAUUGUGUGGGUAUUGCAUUUCAGUCCCUUAAACACGAGGAUGCAGAGAAUAUUGGUUAUGUCAUUCCAACACCAGUCAUUAUGCACUUCAUUCAAGAUUAUGAAAAGAAUGGUGCUUAUACAGGAUUUCCAAUUCUUGGGGUUGAGUGGCAGAAAAUGGAAAAUCCUGAUUUGCGCAGGUCUAUGGGCAUGAAAUCUGAUCAAAAAGGUGUUCGCAUUAGAAGAAUUGAUCCCACAACUCCGGAAUCGCAAGUUUUAAAACCAUCUGAUAUAAUUCUCAGCUUUGAUGGUGUUCUUAUUGCCAAUGAUGGAACAGUUCCUUUUCGACAUGGAGAGCGCAUAGGUUUUAGUUACCUUAUCUCCCAGAAAUACACUGGAGAUAAUGCUGCUGUCAGGGUUUUGCGCAAUUCUGAGAUUCUCAAUUUUGAUAUCAAACUUGUGACCCACAAAAGGCUAAUACCAGCACACAAUAGAGGAAGACCUCCAUCAUAUUAUAUCAUUGCUGGAUUUGUGUUUACAACUGUGUCUGUUCCCUAUCUCCGGUCUGAGUACGGAAAGGAUUACGAAUAUGAAGCCCCAGUGAAGCUAUUGGAUAAGCUGUUACAUUCUUUACCACAAUCUCCAGAUGAACAGCUUGUUGUGGUUUCUCAGGUGCUUGUGGCUGAUAUCAACAUUGGGUAUGAGGACAUUGUUAACACCCAGGUUCUGGCUUUCAAUGGUAAACCUGUAAAGAAUCUUAAGAGUUUGGCCAGCAUGGUUGAGAGCUGUGAUGAUGAAUUUUUGAGAUUUGAUUUGGAAUACCAACAGAUAGUGGUCCUCCGUACAAAGACAGCAAAUGCUGCCACUCUGGAUAUUUUGGCGACACAUUGCAUACCAUCAGCCAUGUCUGAUGAUCUAAAGACAUGAAAUUCAAUUGGGAAUACUACCCUUGAGUUGCUUCUUCUUGUGGGUGAACAUGCUAGCUGUUUGUAUACCAUAGUAAAUUCUUUGGUUGCCUCUGCUUAAGAUUUGUUAAAAAUUGGUGAUUCUCCGCUCAAAACUUGUAGACCUAGGAAAUCUUCAUAGAACUGAUGGAAAAUAUGGUUGGUGUAAAAUCUAGAGGUGAUCCUCAAAUUUUUCCAGGGAAUUCGAAAUUACGGCUGCUUGAAUGGAAAUCUUAACUAAAGAAA